CCCGAGCCAAAGUCAACCGCCUUUCACUUCCUCCUAAUUUCUAUCUCUUACCUACCCUUAGACAUACCAGUAAUUGUCAAGAUGGUUCAGUUUUCCGAGGAAACGAAGGAACGCAUCUCCAAGGUUAUCGAUGUUUCCAGGGUCGCUGUUCACUAUGGAUACCUGCCUUUGAUCCUUUAUCUUGGAUACACCUACAGCGACCCCAGGCCAUCCCUCUUCAAGCUUUUCUCGCCGCUUGCGUAAAUUAAACAAACCCCACGUCAAUCGAACAGACAUCUUCCUACGGUCGAAUUUCAUACGGCAUGAUGGCUGAAAGCGGAUUGGGCGUUUCUGUUAUCCCUUUCUAUUUGGGUGAUUGCAGCCUGUCAUCCAUUCAUGUGUAUUUUUAAGUAUUUUAUUUCAAGUAUGUUGGGACAGGUUAAUUAGAGCACUUAUCUCUGGU